GCACAGCUCGCCUUAGUCGCAUCUGUGUGGGAACAUCUCAAAGAGCGAAGUUCACUCAUGCAUAGCGUGUUAUGCUAUAGUUACAGAGAACAGCUACUGUAGGUCAGCUCGAUGUGAGAACGCGCUCCUCCUCACAUCCGCAAGUCGUGCAUUGAGCAAAGAGCUCUCAGCCAUGUCAACUGCGAAUCGACGAUGAUAUAUUUCUGGUAACCACAAAGCUGCAGCACAGAAAUGAUUUUGUGGUCAACCAGUGUCGCCUUAUACCGAGUUGUGUCCCCUGGAAGGUGUCUGCUCUGGAUUUCCCGGCAGGAAAAGAAAUAUUUUUGCACCAGCAGUUUCAAGAUGGCACCUAAAUCUGUUUGCAUUGUCGGGUCUGGGAACUGGGGGUCGGCUAUCGCUAAGAUUAUCGGAUAUAACGUCCAGAGACAGCCAGAUGCGUUUGAGAAGAAAGUGAAGAUGUACAUGUAUGAAGAGAUCGUGGACGGACGCAAACUGACAGAGAUCGUCAACACGGACCACGAGAAUGUCAAAUAUCUCCCGGGGAUAAAGCUCCCCGAAAAUGUGGUGGCAAUCCCGGACGUGAUCGAGGCGUGUACAGGGGCAGACAUGUUGGUGUUCGUCCUCCCGCAUCAGUUUGUCAAGAAGGUGUGUGAGCAGAUGAAGGGGCACAUCAAACCAGGGGCUGUCGCCAUCUCCAUGAUCAAGGGUUUUGCCAUCACAGGGGGAGGUAUUCAGCUGAUAUCUCACAUCAUAGCCCAGGAACUAGGCACUGAGUGUGCUGUUCUCAUGGGUGCUAAUCUUGCCAAAGAAGUUGCAGAGGAGGAAUUUUGUGAGACAACGAUAGGAUCCAAGACAGACUCCACUGGCCAGCUGUUCAAGGACCUAGUGGAAACUCCUUACUUCAGAGUGGCAGUAGUGAAGGAUGCAGACACAGUGGAGAUGUGUGGAGCUCUAAAGAACGUGGUUGCCAUUGGCGCUGGCAUUGUGGAUGGCAUCAAACAGGGAGACAACACCAAGGCGGCUGUCAUUCGCCUGGGACUUAUGGAAAUGAUCAUGUUUGGUGAAGAGUUUUUUCCAGGGUCAAAGAGGAAUACCUUCUUCGAGAGUUGUGGCAUCGCUGACUUGGUAGCUACCUGCCAUGGUGGACGCAAUCGCAUGUUGGGAGCGGCGGUUGUGGAGUCUGACAAGACAAUUCAAGAGCUGGAGAAGGAGAUAUUGAAGGGCCAGAGUUUCCAGGGGCCUCUAGUUGCCAGGGAGGUAUGCAGUAUGCUCGAAGAAAAGGGACUGUGUGACAAGUUUCCAAUGUUCGUAGCUGUCAACAAGAUUUGUCAACGAGUCAUGGACCCAAAGCUCUUCAUUUCCUGCCUUAGGAAUCACCCUGCACACUUGUAGAAGCCCAUCCUGCAUCUCUACACAGGGCAGCGUCCA